CCUAACAUCUUGAUGUAGGUCUGGCAUGCCAGGCUAAUCUUACACAAUUUGAGAGAACAGUAAGAGAACAGUAUUUGAUCCACAUUUAAUCUUAGUGAUAAUAAAAGCUGAUUUUUAGUCUGAAGUUGAGUCAAGACAUACAUUUAAAUUAAUGUAUAAUCUACACUAAUGAACACUUCUGUCUAAUAAGCACGUCAUGAACUUUUUCUGCAUGCUUUUUCUUUCACCAACAGUACAUGGUGAAAGCAGCCCCAAGUCAGAAGAUUUCAUCUUUUGAGUCAUGGGGGUAUUUAAUAACAAUCCACAUCUCCAUAAAGCAACCUCAGUCGAAUGGCAAAUGCAGCAGUUCAGAGCAGAGGGCAACAUAUCUGUUUUUCUCCAAAAUGCUUUUUUUUUGUACAUCAUUUUGCACAAUUGUUAUAUGACAUCAACAUGUGGGGCCUUGGAAGGGGAUGAUGUAACUCUCCCCUGACAUGUGACUUUGUGGUUUUAUAAAGUAGUUAAAGACAGCAGGGGAAGCUUAUUCAUCACUGAACCGCUGUAAUACUCUUGGUUAUCGGUUGUGAUUUCAAGACACAACAUGGAUGUCUCUACAACUUCAGACUAUGAAAGUGAUGCGUUUAAUUUCACAGAUUUGACAGACUUGACAACUGAUACUGAUGACUAUGAAUCAUACCUGGUUGGAUUAUGUAAAAAAGAACUUGUGCGAAAGUUCAGUAAGACCUACGAACCCCCUCUCUACUGGAUCAUCUUUGUUGUGGGGGCUUUGGGCAACCUACUAGUCGUCUGUAUCUUCACAACUGUGAGAAACCGGCUCAAAACCAUGACCGAUGUCUACCUGCUGAACCUGGCAGUGGCUGAUCUUCUCUUCCUUGGCACAUUGCCCUUCUGGGCAACAAAUGCUGCUCAAGGCUGGGUGUUCAGCCAGGCCAUUUGCAAAGGAGUUUCUGCAGUCUACAAGAUUAACUUCUUUGCCAGCAUGCUCUUACUCACUUGCAUUAGCGUGGACCGUUACAUUGCCAUCGUCCACGUAACCGAAGCACACAACUACAAAAUCAAACGCAUGCUGUAUAGUAAGAUAACUUGUGUGUUUGUGUGGCUUGCCUCUUGCCUCUUAGCUCUACCGGAAUUUCUCUUCGCCAAAAUGAAAAAAAUAAGCCACCAGCUCAGCUCCUGCGUCAUGGUUUAUUCGAUCACAGACAACAACUAUACUAAAGUCUUGGUGUUGUCUUUACAGAUCUGUGUUGGCUUCCUACUACCAUUGCUGGUCAUUGUUUUAUGUUACUCAGUCAUUAUUCGUAAACUCAUGCUGGCUAGAAGCUUUGAAAAACACAAAGCUCUGAAGGUCAUCCUUGCAGUUGUGGCUGCUUUUGUUCUCUCACAGUUGCCGUUAAAUGUAUAUCUGAUUGUAGAAGCAGGCCAAGCCAACAAUGCCACAAUAACAGACUGUGAAGUCGCACAAAACUUAGAUAUGGCUGGGCAAAUUGUGAAAUGUCUUGCCUACACACAUUGUUGCCUGAAUCCUUUUCUGUACGUCUUUAUCGGGGUUCGCUUCCGGAAGGAUCUCUUGAGCCUGCUUCAGCGCAUGUCCUGUAGCCUAGCCAACAACAGCAAACUCCAACAAGUUCCCAAGAGGCCUUCUGUUAUGUCCGACACUGACACCACCCCUGUUUUUUCUUUAUAGACCUGCCUACUGCACUUACUGCAUCGACAACUUUUUCAAAAGAUUUGUCUUCAUCUACAGAGUGUGUUAUUUGCAUGGUAAUGGCAUGAUAUACUUAUUUUUCAGAGUUAUCUAUCCUUAUAACCACAAACAUUGUGCAAGGUCUAUGAAAUGCACUUUGUCAUGGUACUAUUCCUGUAUAGUUAUCUGGGAGUACAUAAUGUGAUAUUGUAGAGUUAAUGAGUACAUAAUUAUGUUAAUGAGCUUUUAACCAUUAUUUUGAGGAUGCUUUUUUUCCAGCAAAGAAAUUUUGCAAAAAUAUUGUAAAGUGUACAUAAAUUUGAGAUUUUGUUGAGUGUAAUGGAUUUCAAUAUGCAUUAAAAAAGUGGGAUAAUAACA